AAUCAGCUGACAAAAAUUAUUUAGCCAUAGUUCCAACAUAAAAUUUCUCACAUUAAAAUUAUAUACGUCUAUUUUGUUUCCUUUAUUAUCAUUAUCAAUUAUUUAUCAGUAAACAUAUAAGAUUAAACAUGAAUGAAUGUGAGAAUCAGUCAGAUAAUGAAACCAACGAGAAAUUAAAUAUAAAAAUAAAUAUAUCUGAAGAUUUUACUGAAAUAUUAAAAGAUUAUCCAGAAGUGUUGGAGUUUAUAACCAAACUUAAAAAUUAUAUUAAAUAUCAAGAUAAAAAAAUAACUAAAUUGCACAAUAAAUUGAUAAACCAGAAAAAAGAGAGAAAGCUGAUCAAGGAAUUGAUCGAGAAGGAAGUCCAGACUGAUUUUGAUAGAAAUAAAAUUCCUGUAAGUGCGGAUGGCACUUGCGAAUGGAAUAAUGAUGAGUCCAAUAGUAUUACAGAGCAAGUUAAACAAAUAGCUGAGUCAACGUUGCAACAAAGUGGAUUUGUUUAUGAAGAAACAUCUGGGUUGUAUUAUGACUACAAUACUGGAUAUUAUUAUGACGCAGCAAAAGGACUUUAUUACGAUGGUAAUUCCGGAGUAUAUUAUUAUUAUGACAAUGAAUCAAAGUCAUACAAGUAUCACAGCCAGUUACCAUCAACUGAAUCAGGAGAUAGUGCACAAAAAAUGAAAAAACGUAAAAAAAAUAAAAAACACAAGGAUAACGUUAAAAAGUAUAAAGAAUCGGCUACUGAUGAAAAGAAAAAUGAUGAUGACGCAAGUUGUGGUGACGCUAUUGAAGAGGGCGAAUGUUCUGCCAGUGAGGCCAGUUCCUCAACGGAAUCUUCAUCUGAGUCAACUGAUAAUGAAGAUGACGCAAAAUUUUAUCCUCCGUGUAUGAGAAUAAUUGUUAAGGAAACAAAUCUACAGCAGUUGAAGCUUGGCUCAUUAUUUAUCAUAACAUUCACUGGAGGUUCACUAGGUCGUGAGGGAAACGGUCACCUUGUUUUGAUACCUGAUAUAAAUAUAAGCAAACAUCACGCAAGAUUUCAAUACAACACAUCAAGGAAACGAUACGAAAUAAUUGAUUUGGGAUCCCGUAAUGGGACUUAUGUAAACGGAAAACGUUUGUCAGUUGCCAAACAGGAGUCUGAGCCAGUAGAGAUAGCCCAUGGAUCAAUUGUACAGAUAGCAAGCACUAAAUUAUUGUGCCACGUACACACCGGACAUGAGACUUGCGGUCACUGCGAGCCGGGAUUGAUUCAGCAGCCAGAUGGCUCGAGUAAUCAACCGUCGAAAAUAAAUUCACACAAGUUGGAAUUGAAAAGAUUGAAAAAUAAAUUUGGGGUUGAUAAAGACAACACUGAAAAAGCGAGUCAAGUCGCAAGAGGGUAUCAAGAUAGAGCUCAAACAAGGAGAGACUGCGUUGGUUCUUCUAAUCAGUAUGCUAAGACUCAACAAAGUUCUGUUGAUACAUCCAUAGCAAAAGACAACAAAGGUUUUAAAUUGUUAUCUAAAAUGGGAUGGUCUGAAGGACAAUCACUUGGUAAAGAUGGUGACGGCCGUACUGAACCUGUAUUAAUGAUUAAUAACAGAGCUAAAAAAGGACUAGGUAACACAGAAUUGCCGCCAAUUGAAAUGGAACCAAAUAUCGAAAAAAAACAAGCAAUCUGGCGAAAAACUCGCCAACGUUACGAUAAAACAUAAUAAUUUUACUAAUUUAAUUAUUCAAUUA